GUUGACUAAGGAAUAUUGUAUUUAAGAAUGUCUUGAAAUUCAGAAACAAAAGAUCAAAAAGGAACUCAACUUUAGAAACUUUGCUCCAUCUCAUUUCCAGAUAUUUUUGUUGUUGGGAAUUUUUGGUCGUCAAGCCAAUCCUAAUGGCCAAAUUAGAGAUUCAAAUCCAGAUAAGGAAAAUGUUAAAGCCUUCGACUCCUACCCCUAAUCAUCUUAGGAGCCAUAAUAUUUCAUUAUUUGAUCAAGUGGCUCCUCCUGUAUAUGUAACAAUAUUGUUACACUACUUGCCAUGCAGUGAAUGGAACAGUGAAGAAAUUACUGAUAAGCUGCAAAAAUCAUUGGCUGAGACCUUAACCAAGUUUUACCCUCUAGCCGGGAGAUUCAGAAAAGAUGACCUCUCAAUUCGCUGCAACGACGAAGGUGUUGACUAUGUCGAAACCAAAGUCAACACGAAUCUUGCUGAGUUUCUCCACGAAGGACCCAAGAUUGAGCUUUUGGAUGAUCUUCUUCCAAAAACAGAUAUGUUAUCAGUUCCAUUACUUGGAGUUCAAGUUAACAUAUUCAACUGUGGAGGCCUAGUCAUGGGGGUACAAAUUUUACACAUCCUAGCAGAUGCUUUCACGUUAGCAACAUUUGUCAAGGAAUGGGCUCAAAUUAGCCAAACAGGGACAACAAAAGGUUGUCUCUCAAGUUUCGAUUUCUUGCCAUCGCUCUUUCCCACAAAAGUAUUAUCAGGGCAUCAGUAUUCACUACCUUCUAGUGGAGACCCUGAGAUUGUCACUAGGAGAUUUGUGUUUGAUGCUUUGGCAAUUGCGAAACUCAAAGAUAGAAUCGGUGCAAGUGAUCACACUUUCACGAGACCUACUCGAGUGGCGGUCGUUAUGUCGUUAAUAUGGAAGGUUCUAGUGGGCAUAUCAUCUGCCAAACAUGGACAUUCAAGGGAUUCUUCUUUAUUAUUUCCUAUUAAUUUGAGGGGGAAAUUAAAUUUACCAUCAUUAGAAUAUGCUCUAGGGAAUUUCAUCGUGCUCGUACAUGCUACUCUUAAGGCAAACCAGUCAAAAGAGUUAAACGACUUUGUUAAUAUGAUAGGAAAUACAUCAAGGGACAUAUCUGUAGAUAUUGGCAAGGCAAGCAUCAAUGGUAUUGCCCCUAUGUUUGUUAAUUGUGACGCAGAAUUUGUAAACAAACUUGGUCAGAAAGACGAGAUGGACAUUUAUCUCAGCAGUAGUUGGUGCAGACUCCCCUGGUAUGAAGCAGAUUUUGGUUGGGGAAAGCCAUUUUGGAGUCAGGUUUAUCGGUUUCAGCCAUUGACUACUAUAAGAAAGAGUUCUCAUGAGCUCCAUUUUUUGGAAACGCUCACUGCCAACGGUAAUAUAAGACGAUUUGAAACAGCGACUAGUUCAGUUGCCGGCGACCACCCUCCGCCCAGCGAGACACGGAUCAGUCGCCGGCGAGUGGGAACAACCACAAUCGGUUUCAGGCCUGGUUGCGGUGCCGUGGUGACACACAAACCAGACCCGUCUUCAAGCCAGAGGUGCGGAUUCUUUUCCGGCGAGGUCAAGCUAUUUUCAGGUUGGUACAGAUUUCCGGCAGGUUUCAUAAAUCCCGGCGACUCCCGAACAGCUUUCCAACACGACGCAACAGGACUUGUCUGACAGUAUCGGUUUGGACCGGUGGCUUUGGGCGGCGAGCGAGACGUGAACGUGCAAACAGUGAAGAACAACCCGAGUAUCAGCAAGGAACAGCAGGAGUUGGACGCAAACGAGCUAGGUGGACGCAAUACAGUCGAGUAUACUAAGACAAUUCCCAGGUUAUACUCACGGGAAUUGGUACCUCCCGUUUGCCUAUUUCUCUCUAUUGUGUUAGUAAAAUUGAUGUCCUUUUAGUUCUUAUUAGUUUAGUCACCAUAUUAGGGCGCCUGUAGUGGCAUCUUGUCUUAUUCUAGUUUGUUCUGUGGUAUCUGUUAGUGAUUCCCCCUAGUCCGCUGGAAUUAUAGUGGCUGUAGUCUGGGAUGGUCGAGUGAGUUCAUGUCCUCGGGGCGUGCGGAGGGUGGG